AUCAGAACAAAGCAACGAAAAGCAGGCGUGCCUUGUCAGGAAAGUCCGUGAAGCUCACACAAAGGCAAACAUCGAGUCACUGGCAGACAGGAAUUCAUGACAAAUUGUGUAAAAACUUCAAAUUACUUUCCUUUUGAAGCGUAAUACAUUGCUACGUUCCAUUCAUCAGAUGCUUCCAUGGUUACAUUAAGAGGAAAAAUACCAUGGCUCUUGCUGAGGUGCAGCUGGAGAAACACUGUUGGGUGUGUUUUGCAAGCGAGAGCGAUGACCGCCGUGCGGAGUGGGUGAGUCCCUGCAGGUGUAAAGGUUGCACCAAAUGGAUCCAUCAGUCGUGUCUUCAGCGUUGGUUGGAUGAGAAGCAGAGAGGAAGCGACGGCGACGGCGGCAGCUGUCCUCAGUGUGGCACGCGGUACCACAUUGUCUUCCCAAAGAUGGGUCCGCUGGUCUACUUCCUCCAGCAGCUGGACCGAGCGCUGUCACGGGCCAGUCCGCUCGCCGCCUUUGGCAUGCUGGUGGGGACGGCGUACUGGUCUGCCGUCACGUAUGGCGCUGUGACUGUCAUGCAGGUUGUAGGACACAAGAAAGGUUUGAACAUGAUGGAACGGGCCGACCCAUUCUUCUUACUCAUGGGCCUGCCCACCAUCCCUGUCAUUCUGGUCCUGGGGAAGAUGGUCCGUUGGGAGGACUUCCUGGUCAGGCUGUGGCUCAGAUACUCCUACCAGCGACAACUCGGCGUGAGCAGCCACCUGCCCCCCCUGGCUGCACCAGGAGACCACCUGUCUGUGUCUCGUACUCUGUGUGGCGCUCUGGUCCUGCCGUGGAUCUCCAGUCUGCUUGGACGUCUUCUCUUCCGACGAGUGACCUCCAACCUGCAGCAGAGCAUCCUGGGUGGCGUCACCUUCGUGCUGCUGAAGGGCUCGUUCAAGGUGUACCUGAAACACCAGCAGCACGUCCUGCAGGCCAAGCGACACGUCCUGGACUACCCUGACCACCACACCCGGGACACCUCAGGUCCACCAUGAGCCUGCCAGGAAGUGGACCUGCUUGUAUGGAAAUAGCAUGCGGGUACCCGUGUGUGGCUGAAUGCAUCUCUGUGAGAUGUAUUAUUCAUGUGCUUGGGGGGGAAUGUGACUGGUCCUCCAUUGACUUGACGCUUUAUUUCAGAUGUGGUGAAUAAAAUUUUUAGAACUCUCAGUCGCACCUCGCCACAUCGUUAUUCGCUGGGGUUUAAUGCAUAAUGCAAUGCAAGUUGUAUGUAUUCUUGGCCUAAAUGAAGCAUUUUCAAGCGUUAAAAUGGCUAAAAGAAGUAAAAAGGUUCAACUUGUUAAUGUAGUAUUCUACAUUGGCCACCGGGUGUCGCCAGAACGAUGGCCAGGAGAGGCAGAUCUUGCAGAUUGAAAGAUCUCACACAGUAAUGGGGCCAUAACCAUGACAAGCUAAGUCCCCCAGGGAAACACGAGCAGGAGUUUUAGUCACGUCCCUGGAGCCGUGUGUUGCUGACCCCUGUACUAAACAAUACUGAUGACGUCACCAUCAGACAAGACAACAAGGGUCAGUCUGGUUUGAAGACCACAAGCACCCAGAGUUACCAUGGCAACACGCAUCAUCACAACCACCACGUGACUCAUUGGAGCUUGUUACAAGUUUGGUUAUGUG